ACGAUGACAUCAUCUUCGACAAACACCAAAAAUAAUAAUGACAGUUUGAUGAGCUCGGAAAUCAUAAAGUCAAUAGAAAAACACGAGUUAUUAAUUUCAUUCCCUUCUCGAUUACAAAUCCAAUCCUUGUCCUCAUCACCGCCACU